AUCGCCUGCAGUUUGACGCGAGACAACUUGCUGCUAUCCAACCUGUUACUUCGGUGGUGACUACAUAACUUAUUUUAGACAAAACCUUGCGCGUGUGGAGUUAACUUAACCAGUGCUUGGGUUCUUGCUGUUACUAACUAGUGCGAACGACAUACUUGUUGUGGCUGAUUUCGAGCGCCAUAGAAAAAUCCGAAGUCAAAGGCAGCUAACAGGCUGGCAUCGAGAUAAACAAAAUGGCAUUCGGUUCUAAACUCGAAGAGAUGAAACUCACAUCGGACGAAAUAGGCCGUCUGAGUAAAGCAAUGCAGGAUGAAACUUUCCGAAAACUACUGCACGAAUACGCUGAGGAAAUUUCAAACCCCGAGAACAAGAAAAUAUACGAAGAAGAAAUAAAGUUGCUGGAGCAAGAGAGGGGUAACGAUGUCCAGUUUGUCCACCCAAAGCCUUUUAGUGCCAUUAAAACCAGCGACGGUAAGCUCAAGUGUUUCAUCAACAUUUGUUCGAAUGAGCUAAUCAAUAAACCCGAGUGUAUACCCUACACGGGUGAAAAUGGAAGAAGAGGGUUGAAUUGGCAACUUCCAUACAGUCUUACACCAGGAAGACCUGAUGUGGAUUCCAAUGGAAGCAAGUGCACAAUAUAUGAUGUUGUUUUCCACCCUGACGCUCUAUACCUGGCUAGUAAAAAUGUAAGAUUCAUGGAUCUCGUAGAGAGCACCGCAUUUGAUGGAAUACAAGACUCUUUUCAUGUGAAGCUGGACAAAAAGAACAAGAAGGUGCUAAAGACCAAAUACAAAGGCGUUUCCCACCCAACUGUGAUAAGAAAGCAAACACCAGGUUCAACCAAACCAAAACCUAGAGACGAAAACGACCCCCUCGCCUUCCCUUACCCAUAUGACACCAAGAAGUCAUCAGUACCAGUAAGUGAUAAGAAACCCCCGCCAGACAAAAAGCCACCACAAACGACACCAACUGAAGCCGUGAAACCUUGCGAUUCAGGAGACCGACCCACAGAGCCAAAGUACACAGUCAGCUACAGGUCAGUUGUUGACAUGCUAGACUACAGGAAUUCAAGAGACUCUGCACCUGGCCCCCGCCCUAGAGAGAUUGUCAUAACCAUCGACCUGCCACUGCUAAGGUGUGCAUCGGAUGCUGACCUGGACGUAUCUGACAAACGGCUCAUUCUGAAAUCCACCAAGCCAGCCUACCUGCUACAGUUAGACCUGGCAUACCCCGUGGACAACGACAAAGGACACGCCAAAUUCAACAAGCUAAAAAAGCAGCUGGUUGUCACCUUGUCAGUCCUGCCAGGUAACGACCCGCACCCAUUCGCAGCGAGCCCUGGGCAUGUUACUGAUGCGGAUGCCAGAGAUGAGGACCAGUUACAUAGGCCCAACACAGAGGAGGAAGAGCCAAAGAAAACCACCACUGCUGAAUAUGGCUCGCUGACACGUCAGCCCACAUCUGAUGCUGAAGCUGGACUGUCGGGUUCAAAUGUUCAGUGUACAGACUUGGCACCGGACUCAGGCAGUGGCACUGUGACAGAAAUAAGAUCUAAUGAAGAGUCAGAUGUCCUAGAAUGUACUGAGUUGACCUCUGGUCUUACCAUAACUGAAACAACCACUGUAAAUAAUACUGAAAAGCAGUCUGCGUGUGAACCAAGAACCAAAAAUGAGAAGGUGGACACAUUCCCAGAUGCCGCAGUGACCUCACCAGAAAACGUCACACCGGAGAGGGCCCUAAGCAAGGUCACAGUAGAGGAGAACGUGCAUCAUGCAGAGUGCACAGAUGAAGCUGCCACAGGCAUUGCGAAGGGAGUUUCACAAGCGGAAUCUGGCACAGCAGCAUCUGAGCAGUCCCCUGGCAAGGUGACUGACUCACAAACACUUCAUCAUCACCACGAAGAAGUGCAUGGCAGCAGCACUUCACAGGAGAAAGCCCCAGACGCAUGCCAGGCCGCAUUAGACAAAUCAGACACAAGCAGCAGUGGUUACAACAACAACACUGAAACUAUGACUCAUUCCAGCAUCAAGACGGUGCGCUUCAGCGAAAGGGUUUCCAUGGCAGGGGCCGAGGAAGAGGAAGUAGACGAGGACGACUUGCCAAGCGAGCAGCAACAGCAGAUUGUGUGCGACGUGCGGCCUAGACAGCCACCGGUAGUGCUACGGGAGCUGAACCCUGAAGAUGGCACUGAGGUCAUCAUCAGUGAUCACACUACAACUUCAGCUUUCCAGUUUCAAAACUCACUCCUGUAUGACCUUGACUGACCUUGCUCAGGUGAAGUCACAAUAUUUGUGCUCAUUCACAUGUAGCAUCAUUUGUUGAAUGUUCUUUUCGUUCCCUUCAUCUCAAUUGAGGUUCUUGGUUCCCUUCUUUGUUCCAUUUCUAUGGCAGUCAUCUACAGUCAAUAUGAAUACAAGAUCAAUGAGUAUGCAGUA